GGUCCAGGUUCAUCAACUGAACAACAACGUCAACCAUCGAGUAGCAGCGAGCCAUGAUUGUUUUGUCUCGUGGCCGGUCAAGUAGGCCUCUGUAAACAGAGAGACCUGCAACUUGAACUGAAGAGAAACAAAGCUUUAAUCUGAAUUUCUUUCCUGUGAGAGAAAAAAGAGUGAGGAAAGAUGGCCAUUGUUGAGUCUGUUGUCGAGAUCCUUCUCCGAAAACUCGCUGACCCACUCAUUCGAGAAGUCAUUUUAUUACAUGGGGUUGAUGAUCAAGUCCAAUGGCUCGAGGCGGAAUUUAGGCGGAUGCAAUGUUUCUUGGAAGACGCGGAUGCCAAAAAAGAAGGAGAUAGAAGAGUUAAGGGGUGGGUGGGGGAUGUGAGAGAUGUUGCAUAUGAUGCUGAGGACGUCAUCGACACCUUUCUCUUCAAGGUAGCUAUCUUGAGGCGAACUGGAUUCGUGGGCUGCAUUAAAAGGAACGCUUGCAUCUCCAAUGAAUUGAAACCUCGCCAUGAGGUGGGAUCGAAGAUCGAGCUGAUAAAGAAUAAAAUCCGUACCAUCUCCGAAAGUAGGUCGACUUACGGAAUUGAAAGUAUAGGCCAGGGAGCAGGGACGAGCUCCGCCGGUCGAAGCCUCCAGGAAUGGAGGCUCACUUCUCCUCUUUCUCAAGAAUCAGAUUUUGUUGGGUUUGAGAAAGAUAUGGAGAUAUUGGUGGCCCAAUUGAUGGAGGGGGAGUCGCGGCGUUGUGUUGUUUCUGUAGUCGGAAUGGGUGGUCUCGGUAAAACCACUCUUAUCACGAAAGUUUAUAAUAACACCCGUGUGAAUGCACAUUUUGACUCUUGUGAAUGGAUUUGUAUAUCACAAGAGUAUAGUGUGAGAGAUCUUCUGACCAAGAUCAUAAAUCGCUAUAUGGUGAUCUCAGAAGCGGAUCUCAAGAACAUGGACCUCUUUCAGCUGAGGCAUAAAAUUUCUUUGUAUUUGCAAAGGAAGAGAUACCUGAUGGUAUUAGAUGAUAUAUGGACAAUGGAAGCAUGGGAUGCUCUCAAGGAUGCUUUCCCUGAUAUGAAUAAUGGAAGCAGGGUCAUGCUCACCACGCGCAACAAAGACGUAGCUUUACAUGCUCAAAGCCUUCUCCACGAACCGCGAUUUCUAGAAAAAGAUGAAAGCUGGGAUUUGUUCUGCAAGAAAGCAUUCCCAGGGCAAAAUAACAUUUGCCCUCCAGAUCAUUUGGAGAAAUUGGGAAGAGUGAUUGUGGACAAAUGCCAUGGUCUACCUCUUGCCAUCGUUGUCAUCGGAGGGCUAUUAGCAAGGAAAGAAGCAAGGGAGUGGGAGAAUAUACGAAAGAGCCUUAGCUGGCAGUUCAUCCAAGGAGAAGUGAAAAUCUCCCACAUAUUAUCUUUGAGCUAUAAAGAUCUUCCCUAUUAUUUAAAACCAUGUUUUCUCUACCUGGGCAAUUUUCCAGAGGACCGCGAGUUCCGUGCCAAGGAGCUGAUUCAAAUGUGGGCUGCUGAAGGGUUUCUUCAACAGAGAGGGGAAGAAACAUUAGAAGAGGUUGGCGAAGAUUGUCUAAAGGAGUUGAUCCAGAGAAGCAUGGUUCAGGUAGCAAAAAGAAGUUCAAGCGGGAAUAUUAAAAGUUGUCACAUACACGAUCUUUUACGAGAUCUCUCCAUAUCACAAGCUAAGGAAGGUAUGUUUCUUCAAGUUCACAGUGGGAUCAAUGCAAAUGCUCCUCCUGCAUCUAGAGCCCGUCGACUUGCAAUUCACCAUAACAACUUAAGUGAGUACAUUUCCUUAAGCUGUUCCACUCCGCACCUUCGUUCUGUGUUGAUCUACAACAUUGAAAGGGAUGCAUGGCUUCAAAGGAAAGAAGUGAAGUUUCUCUUUAGAAGCUUUAAAUUGCUUAGGGUGUUGUAUAUACACCGUGCAGACAUUGAAAAGCUACCAAGGGAAAUAGGUGAACUAAUCCACUUGAGAUACCUCGGCUGUACAAACACUUAUUUAAGAAGCCUCCCAUCGUCAAUAGGCAAUCUUCCCAAUUUACAAACACUAUUUGUAACAUCGUAUUUUUUUUUGAGAGUACCAAGCACAAUCGAGAAGAUGCAACAGUUAAGACAUUUUCAAGUGAAGGGUACAAAUAAGCGGCUGAGUAUUGAAUGUUUAGUAGAGAUAGAAGGGCGUCCAAGGCUUGACCGGAUAAAUAGCCUUCAGACUCUAUCAAUUGUAAAAUCUGGCAAAUGGAUGAAGGGUUGCUUGGGAAAGCUCACCAAUCUUAGAAAAUUAGGAAUAUUUGUAUAUACAGAAACGGAUGCUGAGGUAUUGUACGAAUCGAUUGUCAAUCUGGACUGCCUCCACUAUCUCAAUUUGCAAGCACGUUUAAGCAAGUUACCCGACUCCAGUUUCUUCCCAACAAACCUCACUAACCUCACAUUGAAACAUUCACGUUUAGAGGAAGACCCAAUGGCGACGUUGGAGAAGCUGAAAAACCUUCGCGUUCUCAGAUUUUAUCCUGAUUCAUAUGUGGGAAAGGAAAUGGCUUGCUCUGCACAAGGGUUUCCUCGACUCGAAUCCUUACAUCUUCGUCAGUUAUAUCUAUUAGAAGAGUGGAGAGUGGAGGAAGGAUCUAUGCCAAGUCUUUUACAUUUACUGAUCCAUUACUGCACGAAAUUGAAGAAGCUUCCGGAAGGACUGCAACACGUGAGUACCCUCAACAAAUUGGAGUUGUGGAAUAUGCCUGUUAAAUUCAGAGCAAGGCUUGAAGAAGACGGGGGAGAGGAUUGGUAUAAGAUUCGGCAUAUACCGUCCAUCGACAUAAGCGAUAGGAUGAUAUGGAGUUGAAAUCUGCACGUUAAUUGUUUGAAGAAAUGCUUCAACCAAGACCCUUUUCGCGACUUGUUGUAUGGUUAGAUGAAACCAACAGAUUCUAAGCAGUGGCACUCUAUGUCUUUGCAAGUGGUUAAU